GAAGUGACGUUGUGUGAGCGCCGAUACGCCCGUGUCGUUAUAGAUGAUAAGCGACAUUUAGAGAAACCGAGAAUUUGUCCUGCAGCCGCUAAUAAAGUGUUUACAGGACAACAGCCAAGCAGUAAACAUGCACACUGCACUGAGGAGGGGAUGACGGGCCGGUUUUUAACACAAACACUUCACUUUCACUAAAAACAUUAAAACGUGUUAAAAACAAAAUGUCCGGAAAACACUUUAAUGUGCAUGAAGUGGGCUGCUGUAUUAAAUAUUUCAUCUUCGGCUUUAAUAUUAUAUUCUGGCUGCUGGGCGUGGCCUUCCUGUCUGUUGCUUUAUGGGCCUGGAGUGAAAAGGGCGUUCUGUCCAACAUCUCGUCCAUCACAGAUCUUGGUGGUUUUGAUCCUGUCUGGUUGUUCCUGGUUGUUGGGACGGUGAUGUUUGUGCUCGGGUUCGCCGGCUGCAUCGGAGCGCUGAGAGAAAACUCCUUCCUGCUCAAGUUUUUCUCUGUGUUUUUGGGAAUCAUCUUCUUCCUGGAGCUGACUGCUGGAGUCCUGGCCUUCGUCUUUAAGGACUGGAUCAAAGAUCAGCUAAAGUUCUUCAUCAACAACAACAUCCGAGCGUACCGAGACGACAUCGACCUGCAGAACCUCAUCGACUUCACACAGGAAUACUGGGAAUGCUGUGGAGCAUACGGACCUGAGGACUGGAACCUGAACAUUUACUUUAACUGCACUGACACCAACCUGAGCCGAGAGAAAUGUGGAGUUCCCUUCUCCUGUUGCACUAAAGACCCUGCUGAGGACGUAAUAAACACUCAGUGUGGUUACGACAUCCGAGCUAAAGCUGAGUCAGAGCAGAAGACCUUCAUCUACACUAAAGGCUGCGUGCCGCAGUUUGAAAAAUGGCUGCAGGAGAAUCUCACAGUGGUGGCUGGAAUCUUCAUAGGAAUCGCACUACUGCAGAUAUUUGGGAUUUGUUUGGCUCAGAACCUGCUGAGUGACAUCGAGGCUGUGAGAGAGAGCUGUUUGUUCACUUGACCUCCUGAAGCCGGCGUCGUCUCAGCGUCCCGUCGAAGGAAGGAAGCCUUUUCACUUUCAUUUUUAUUUCUAAAACACAUUAAUUUACUGCUCAUGUGUCUGUUUCUGAACCGUACUUUUGCCUUCGUCAAUGACUGCAGUCUCUGCACUGUCCACCGGGGGUCAUGGUAGAGUCUCUGUAGAGUCUGUGUGUUCAAGCAGGUCAGAAAUAUUCCUUUAUAUUAAUUAAUGAGAGUGAGGAAGAAUUUUAUACACACUUUUAAAACUCAACACAAUCAACUGACAGAUAUUUCAUUCAUUUAUUUUUAACCUUGCUAACAGCUAGCGGAAGCUAGCAUCAUGCUAAUGGCUAAAAUUACCUCACACUCUUAUAAAAGCAGCUGUAAACUAGUCAGUGAACUUGAACUUGUCAUGAAUUAGAAGAACUUUCAGAUUUCAGCAAUGUAGCGGUCCGAAUAUUCCGCUACCUGUUAGUGAUAUUGGCCAUUCGGAUCAAUGUCUGAGGUAAAGGUAUUUUUAAAAAAACCUAGCAUAACUAAUUUUAGCAAAUAAACCAUAUUUCUUUUUGUCUCUGUACGACAGAUCGUUGCUUUUUCAUGCUAGGACAUUAGAAUCGUAGCUCGUGUUGACAUCAGAAAUGUACAUAACUGGGUGGAUUUCAGAGCACCGCUUUUUUGUGAUUAAUUGCUUACUAAAUCUGUUCAGGUAGCAGAAAAGCACUGCAUGUGUGCUGAAAUAAUAAUAUUAGCAUAAAGGCACCUAGUAUCGACAGCUGCUGCUUUAUAAUGAUUACAACUAUGGUAAUAUUUAAGACUUUGUCUCACGUCAUGUCUCAUAUUGUGUUAAAGUUGUGUUUAAGGAAUCCGAAUUUCAUUGUAAGUUCAGACGAAUUUAACUGCCGUUCUUUGAUUAUUGUUAAAACGACUAACGAUAGAUAUGCUAGCUAUGCUAAAGGGUUAAGCGAAAUAGCAAAAACAAAGCUAGUGUCUUGGAAGAGUUAAGUUCUUUUUUCGACAGUGAGAUGAAUCGAUUGAUAAAUAAUUAGCAGACAUUUGAUACUUGAAGAUGUUUAGCAUGUUAUUCGGUGCAGUAGCAUUAAAACACAUCUCACUUUUUUUUGGAAUAAAGUGUCGAUAGCAGGUGCUUUGUUGUUCUAGUGCUUUUGGUCAAUAUGAAUUUAAUAUUAUAGCUUAUAGGUUAUGUAAAUGUUCAGAAUGUUUUCCGUGCUAGCCGUGUGAGUAAGUUACUGGAUUUUCUGGGCUAUUUUCUGGGCUAUAAGUUGUAUAAGGAUGUUGUUACUGUGGAUUUGUUUUGGUUGGUAAAUUAGACAGUUAAAUGAUGUAGACAUUAUGAAUAAGAGACACAUUAGCACGAUUGCUAAGGAUUUUUUAAGGUUAAAUUGCACUUCCGUUAGCUUGGUGCUAAUUGAAAAUCUCGCUAGCAGACACUAAUAAUAAAAUGUACUAAAGUGCACUUCAGGUGAAGUGCACUUUAUUUAGUGUGGUGUCUGGUUCACUCUGGAGUAACUAAUAGUCCAGAAAAUACAGUAAAUUAGCUUAUGUAAUUAGCUUAUCUAAAUAGAGAAAAAGUUUUGAUGCACUUAAGGAAGACUGACGUAAAUACUAAAAGUACUAAUGCUGUGUUUUUUAUGAAUGGUAUAAAUCCAGCACUUGUGUUUGAGAUCUAAACAGGGUUUUAUUCUCUUAGACAGACUCACUGCUUGUGUGUUGUUGUGGUUGAUGUGAUUUGUUGAAGUCUUUUUACAGGAUUGUAUUUGAGAACAGAAUUUAUUCUCCCUCCUGAGACGAGGUGAGAUGUGUGGACAAUAAAGUUUGAUAUGUUUUGGUAAAA